AUGGCCCAUUCUUACCAUACUCGCUCUAACAGUUUCCCUUCUAGACCACACCCUCUCACUUCAGAAGUUGAUCAGCAUUUGAGAAGAUUAAGAGCUUCUCAAUCUACUUCUACAUCAUCAUCAUCAAUCAGCCAUCAGAUAAAUGGUCUUCAAGAUUUGCAUGAUUGUGUCGAUAAGUUGCCACAGCUGUCCCACGUUCAGCAAAAGGAUUUGGUUGAUGAGUUGUUGAAUGGAUCUCUAAGACUCUUGGAUAUCUGUGGCAUUGCUAGGGAUUCCUUGUUACAAACCAAAGAGGCUAUAUAG